AUGAGCGGGUCAUCCGCGGGCUUUGUGAGCAUUCUUUCGAAGAAUUCUGAUAGCGAUAUGUGUUCUGAUCACUCUGGCUACCAAUCUUCUCCUUCAGUCGAGUUUGCAGUUCCAUGCAGUAGCUCAGGUUCUCGUGCAAUUUCACCGUUUCGACCUGCCAGAGUUGCAACUCCUGAGUGGAUUGAAGAGUCACCCCAUAGGACACCAUCGCCCUGUGUAAAACUAACAGAUGACCUCACAGCAUUAUCAGACCUACAUUUUGAACUUGAAGUUAUUGAAAGAAGAAUAGAAUUACAGAUAGACAAGCGUCACGGACAUCCAGCUCUCGCAGUUCUUGUUAGAAAAGAGGAAGGUCUUAGUGAAAUAACGAGAAAGGAAAGGAAAUUGCGUGCUAACUACAACUUUAUUGAGCCUAUUCAGAUAAUACCGAAGUUUUGGAAGCCAAGGGCCUAUGAUCACUACUCUGAUAAGCUCACUGCGGAACAAACAGAACAACUUGAAGAAAAGAUUCGACAAGCAGAGUCUCGGAAUCACUCUUCCUCAAAAAUGUCUACUAGAUUUCAUUGCCCUGCUGAGCCAAGCUCUCCCAACAAUAUGUUUGUGUCAUUUGACGAAGAUUUCGAGUUUUCUGAAGAUGAUUAUUAUUAUGCCACCGUUACACAGAAACCAAAGGUCAAAAAGGCGCCAACACCUGCACCACCUCCACUCCAAGAUGAAUUCGGAAAUAUCAUAAAGAGAAAGAGAGGAAGACCGCGGAAAUAUCCAAGACCAGAUGAUAUGAAGAAUUUAGGUCCUGGUGAAGUGGUGAUAUCAAUGCGGCAGUAUUGCACAGAUGAUUCUGAUGAUAUGACCGAGUGGGAUGAUAUUUAA